AUGUCAUUCGGUAAGUCUUUCAGACCCGGUCCAAGGAUUAAUAAUAACCAGAAUAAGAGAGAUUACAAUUCAAUGUCAUCUUCAAAGAAAUUGUUUGGCCCAGUUGGGAAAGCCAUCCAGGCGUAUCAAUCAGCACUGAAAACCUUGAAACCAGUACAACCUAUUAAAACAAAUUAUAGUGGUGUAAAAGUUUCCCCAGUUGUUAACAAAGAGUUACAUAAAUACGUCCAAGACUAUUUGAACGAUUUUGCCAAACAAAGCACCAAGAUUAACGCGGAAUCCAACAGGCGAUUGAAGGAAAAAAUAGAUGCUUUAUCACCAAGCGCCCAAGAUGACAAGGAGAUUAUCCAAAAGAUAACAGCCAGUCAUAUACCGAAAGUUAGUCUAUUACCAGGGUCGAGCAAAUGGACUGAAUUUUCAAGAGUUCUAACGUCAGUCCAAACGAGAAACGUCAUAUGUAUGAGUAUUGACAUCGAAGCUUGGGAGAAAAAUCCAAAGAUUAUAACUGAGAUUGGAAUAUCUAUAUGGGAUCCACGCAUAGAGUCCGGGCAAUACUCAAUUUCCAGUCCUUCCUUCGAUAACCAUCACAUUUUAAUAAACGAAUCUCUUGCUCUUCGAAAUACUCAGUUCAUGCCAGACCACAAACACCAGUACCUCAUGGGGAAAUCUAAGAUUAUGAGCAUGAAGCAAUGCCAGGUGUUUAUCCAGGAACUGAUAGAUGAAUAUAUGAUUCCAGAUGCAGACGCACCCGAAAGCGAACCAGGUUAUGAAAGAGCAUUCGUAGGCCACGGCUUUUCUGGAGACUUGAAAUGGUUACAGAGCUUAAACCUCAGAAUACCGGAGAAUAUCCCAGUUUUCGACACUAUGAAGAUUUUCCAAUCGAUGUACGGAUCCACUGGUUCUGGUUUGGGUAAGGCCCUUCGAUUGCUCCAAAUACCACACGCCUAUAUGCAUAAUGCGGGAAACGACGCUUACUACACCCUAAGACUACUACUACACAUGUGUGAUAUAGAAAAAAGGAAGCUCUUAGGCUUGGACGAUAUAGAAAAAGUCCAGAAUACCAUUGAACAAUGGAGGUCACAUGACUCCGGCGGUAAUCCUGCAGGUUCAUCAAAGCGCAGAAGAAAGAAUGUCGCUACCGAGUUCCAAGGAUCCGUCCAUUACUAG